CCAAACACCAUGAUACGACGUCGUUUGUUGGUUUUGCAUUUCUCAAAAAUCACUUCAAACCCCAAAAGAGAAAAGUGCAUACAUACAAUUCCCAAGCUGUCUGAGCUAUUGAACAGCACAUGGGGGGUGUGCAGUGAGUUUAUUUUCCGCAGUAAAACUCCCACUGUAUAAUUUUCUUCUGAGCUUUUUCGACUCCAAUUACUAUUUUACUUGUCUUCUACGUUUCACUUUUUAACAUCUUCCCUCGGUGGCUAUUGCGGUGUCUUGUUGCUUCUCUCGUCUUUUCUUUUGUUUUCUCUGUACUCUACUAGGAUAAAUGUAGACCCAUGCCCCUCUCUCCCUCUCACAGCCUCCUCUCUCUCUCUCUCUCUCUCUCUCUCUAUGCCCCUUCAUCUCAGGCGGAGAAACCGGCGUCUUUGCAGAUCCAAGAACACCCAGAGUCGGUAAUCCUUUUCCUUUCUUUUCUUUUCUUUUCUGUUAAUUCUCUGUACUUCCCCUCCUACAUUUGAGUGGUACUGGUGAACUGAGAAGAAGGUGCCUGUUUUCACAAUCUUUUCGCGCAAAAUGAUUGUCUUAUGAUUUUAUUGAUGAUUGCUUGUUCUGGGCAUUUUUCUUCUCUGCCCUUUGUGUAAUAAAAUUCUCAACUUUUCUCUUCUGCUUCUCCUCUUUUCCUCGAAGAAGAGCUUUCUUUGAGCAUUUUCCUCAUCUGGGUAUGGCUGAUCCCAGCAGUUUCAUUUACCAGUGUGUUUGCUCUUUGAGUUAUUGACUCCUUAUCAGCAUCGCUGGUGUGCUUGGGCACUAGUUCUCUUACUGUUCUUUCUCAUGGAGGCUUCGGCUUGUUUGGUCUGAGGAAUGGUACGAAAAUUAAUGGAGGAGGGGUGCGAGCUCCGGCGUUGGGACGAACUGAUUCCAGAUGCACUUGGGCUGAUAUUCAGAAAUCUUUCCCUCCAGGAGACGCUAACUGUAAUCCCUAUAGUUUGCAAAUCCUGGGAGAAGGUAGUGAAGGGACCUUACUGCUGGCAGGAGAUUGACAUUGAGGAAUGGAGCCGAUACUGCCAGCCUGAGAAUCGUGACAAAAUGCUUCAAAUCCUGAUUGGAAGAAGCUGUGGUUCGCUUCGCAAGCUCUGCGUUUCAGGCCUCCUUAAUGAUCAGAGUUUUUCCUUCAUUGCAGACCAUGCCAAAUCUCUUCAGACUUUGCGGUUGCCAAGAAGUGAAAUAAGCGAUUCAAUAGUGGAAGAGGUUGCUGGGAGGUUCUCAAGCAUAACAUUCCUGGAUGUGAGCAAUUGUAGAAAUAUUGGAGCUCGUGCUCUCGAAGCAAUUGGAAAACAAUGUAAGUUUCUCACAGGCUUGCGGAGACUCAUGCACCCAUUAGAGGUAAUUGACAAGGUUUGUCAAGAUGACGAGGCCCUUGCCAUUGCAUCCACAAUGCUGAAGCUUAAGUACCUUGAGAUGGCUUACCUUCUCAUCAGCACCGAGGGUGUGCUUAACAUACUCACAAACUGCAAAGAGCUGGAGCUGUUGGAUGUGCGAGGGUGUUGGAAUGUUAAACUGGAUGACAAGUUCAUCAAGAGAUUUCCUCGGUUGAAGGUGGUAGGUCCCCUUGUUGUGGAUUGCUAUGAGACGAAUGGCUGGGACAAUUGCUCUGAUUACUCUGGUUCUUCUGGCUACUUGGCCUGGGACUUUGUGGCUGGUGACAUGGAUGACUAUGAUGAUGAUCUCUCCGACGGUGUUUGGGAUGAUAACCAAAGCAUGGAGGAUGUAGAACUGAGGUUCUAUGAUGGUUUGGAUUUUGAUAACGCUGGAUUUGAUUGGCCUCAAUCUCCUUGAGCUUCUUCUGAUGCAUGCAGAAGUGUUUGUCGAGUUUCAGAGUUUUCAAGUUGCUGUUCUCUAUCCUGCUACUGCUAGAAUUGCUGCUUUUUAUUGCUGCCCAGGUGCUUCUUCUUCUGUGCCGAAUGAAACUUGUCUGUCGUUUUAAAAAUGUAUAUAGUUUUCCAACAUAGGGAAGCUUUAUGAAGUUUUAUGAAGUGUUGUGGCUUGUCUCCUGCAUUUUAUGCUUUCAUAAUGAUAUAUGUUUCUGCUUUUUCGCCUGCUAA